CUAUCACCACCACCACCCCCACGACCAUUUCGAUUUCGAUUUCGAUUUCGAUUUGCAACCUCUCAAACCUUUUCAUUCUGCUCUACAUUUCGCCAUGCGUCCCGAUACCCCCCGCGCCCCCAUCGCCGGACCAGACACCGGGCCCGCGUCUCCAUUUCCGAUCCGUCUAUCAGGGCCGGUGAUCAAAGGUUUCGGCCGGGGAAGCAAGGAGCUCGGCAUUCCAACAGCUAAUAUCCCCCCCGACGGAUUGGACGCAUACCCAUCUCUAGAAUCAGGCGUGUAUUACGGCGUGGUAGCCCUGGACCCGACGCGGUUCGUGUACGACCUCGCCGCGGAAAAGGCACACACGGUCGAUCCUGCCAAAGAAGAAGCAGAACAACAAACACAACAACAAUCCGAUUCCUCGGCGGGUGCUGUAGCGACUAUCCUCCCCGCAGUGCUGAGUAUAGGCUACAACCCUUUCUACAAGAAUACGGUCCGCUCCGUCGAAAUCCACAUCAUGCCGCCUUUAUCUUCGCCGUCACCGACGGCCGCCGUGCCGCCCGGCGACGACGACAACAACAACAACAACAACAACAAGCAGCACCGGCGGCCGUCGUUUUGUAAGUUGCCGGAUUUUUACUCUACGCAGCUCAACCUGUUGAUCCUGGGCUAUAUUCGGCCGGAAUACGAUUAUGUCUCGCUGGAAGCCUUGGUAGAGGAUAUCCGGGUGGACUGUGAGGUCGCGCGCCAGAGUCUGCGCCGAGAGGCGUAUGCGGUUUAUCUCGAGGGAGGACUGGCCUCUUCUGCCCUUGCCACGGGCGAGGUCGUCCAGGAUAAGAGGUGGUUGACGGCUUUUAGUGCCACUUCUCUCCUUUAGUUUUGUGUCUAUAGAUAUGGUUUAUGAUAGACGAGUACAUACUCAUUUAUUCUGGUGAAAAAAAAGUUUCGAUGACCCGAGAAUAUCAUAUUAUUUAC